AUGAUAACACCACAGACUACAGAGAGCAGGUACGACUGCGUCACCCAGCGAGAGAACAAUGACCUCAGCUCGAGGACUGCGGCUGCGAACAGGAGGCACAGCUGCGAUGGCGCCAUCAGUCCAGGGUCGGGACCAGCACCGGGACGAGGCCCCGCUGAGUCUGACCGCUUCCAUCCGUACCGUCGACAGUUCAGCAACGGAUCAGUGACGGCCGCGGGUUGUCUCCAACAGUGCUCGUCUUCCUUCAGCUGUCUGCAGGAGAUGUGCAGCCCUGACACGGACAGCUCAAGUGGCGAGGCACCGACAUCCUGGGACCAGUACAAUGGCAGCUUUCAGAGUUCACACUCAGAACUGCCAGCUGCACCAGCAGAGCCUUCCUGCUUCCUGUCUCAAAGCUAUCCAUCCUACAGCUCAUCCAGCCCUCUACAACAGGUCUCAUCUAGACACUACCCUAACAACGACCAGUCCAACAGCUCCAAAUAUUCUCUCUCCACUGAAUCACACCAGGAGAGCACCACACACUCCCUCUUCCCCAAGCCCAUUUACUCAUACAGCAUCUUGAUCUUCAUGGCUCUGAAGAACAGUAAAACAGGAAGUUUGCCAGUCAGUGAGAUCUACAGCUUCAUGACUGAACACUUCCCCUAUUUCAAGACAGCUCCUGAUGGAUGGAAGAACUCUGUGCGUCACAACCUCUCCCUGAACAAGUGCUUUGUGAAGGUGGAGAACAAAAACGGGAACUCGUCCCGCAAAGGUUGUCUGUGGGCUCUCAACCCAGCCAAGGUGGAGAAGAUGCAGGAUGAGGUGCACAAGUGGCGUCGCAAGGACCCCCUUACUGUUCGCAGGAGCAUGGCGAAGCCAGAAUGCCUUGACCGUCUACUGGGGGAGAGACCGGACAAGCUCAGGUCUUUGCCACCUUACCCAAACCCAGCUUUGUUAUCCAGAGUGGCCCCUGUCUACACCACCACCCCAUCUUCUUGCCCCCCAGCCCAAGUUCAACCACCCUGCCAAGCCAUUCGGCCUCCACAGUACACACAUAUACAAUCUCAGCAGCCCUGCUACCUUCCCCCCGCUGCUGCUCACCCCAGCAACUCAUUUGCCAUGUACUCACCCUGUGGACAGCCAACAGCCAUUGGGAGCCUGAACUCGCCCAUGGUUGCUAAGAUGCCCCCUGCUUACAAUGUUGCCCUGCAGGCUGAGUACAGCGUUGGCCCCAGGAGCGUGCAGGACUUUCUGCUGGAGGGAGACGCCAGUUAUGACAUUGACACGCUCAACCCCAGUCUGACUGACCUGCAACUGCAAGGUAGCUUAUGGGAGGAGUUGAGGGAGGACAGUCUGGUUUCUGAUCCACAAGACACCACCACGACCCCGACCACUACCUCUGCCCUGCAGGACCACCACGUCCAGACCAGCUGCCUGCAGAUCAUACCUCCUCCUCCUGCUGGUCGACGAAAAGUAGACUAUGAGGUCGAAAACACAGACUGUGGAAGAAACUUAGAGCAACUUGGCUGUUUGAAUGGGCUGCAUCCUGUGGUAUAUUCAGGGGUGGAGAGUCUGGCUGGGUAUCUGACCUCAUGUACCACAUCCAUCUCCCUAAUGUAA